UGUGAUGAUGCAGCUACCCGUUCCUUGUGUGUCCCAAACCUACACAACCACUCACAAAGCGCAAGCCGAUGAUUAUCCAUCCGCUUCGUCUCUCUCCAAAACCAAAGCCCGGUUCUCGGUUCUCCAUCAUUAUCGUUUAUAUUUUUUUUGGGUUGCGGCCGCAGCUCGAGGUCUCUCUCUCUCUCUCUCCGUUUCUUUAUCAUUGGGUACCAGAAAUAGUUGCACAAUGCUGCCCAAAUUUGCCUCCUUUUCUCUCCCUCAACCCGUUCCCGAACCGUGUGUACACACUUCCCGAGCAUGUGUUUCGGCCCGGGAAAACGAAUGGAGGGGGAGGAGAGCAAGCAGUUCCACACCCACACCGGCCGGACCGCGGCUUGCACUGACUAUGAUGAGUUGGCAAACAGACCGUUGCACGACCUUUUCUUUUUUGCCUUUUCUUCUCUCCCUCACUUCCUCGGCUGGGUAUUCUUCCGCGGACCGGAGGAGGAGGAGGAGGAGGAGGAGGACGACGACGACGACGACGACGAGGACGAGGGCGAAAAAGAGUAG